AAAACAAACAAAAAAAAAUUGCAGCAAACAUUCCUUUUCCGUGUAAUAAAUUAAAUUAAAUUAAAUUAAUCAAUUGGAUUUUGUUAAAUCCCGUCUUAGGGUUUCCAGCGAAAAUAAAAUCUAAUUCCUUUACAACAGACUUUUCUCCUCUCUUUCUCAAAUCAAUACGUCGAGAACUACUGAAAAUUGAAAGGUUGUUCAGAACUCAUUCACAUUGAUUUUAAAGAAGGAUAGUCAAUAUAGUUAUGUCUGGAAGAAAUCGUGGGCCACCGCCUCUUCCAAUGAAAGGGCCUCCUCAUCCUGGAUUACUGCCUCCAGUACAUGAACCCCCAUAUGCUAGAGGGCUAGGACCAAUGCCACCACACCCGGCUUUACUUGAUGAAUUACGAGAAACCCAAUUUGGGUUGGGUCCUGGAGGCCUCCCUCCCCACCCUGCGAUCUUUGAGGAACGUCUUGCAGCUCAACUGCAAGAGAUUCAAGGCCUCCUAGCAGAUAACCAGAGGCUGGCAGCUACUCAUGUUGCAUUAAAGCAGGAAUUGGAGGCUGCUCAGCAUGAGUUACAUCGUAUGGCUCGUUAUGCAGAUUCUUUGAGAAUGGAGAAGGAUGUUCAGAUGAAGGAGAUGUAUGAGAAGUCAGUUAGACUGGAGGUUGAUCUUCGUGGUGUGGAGGCUAUGCGAGCUGAACUUGUUAAGGUUAAUGCUGAUAUUAAGCAGCUUAGUGCUGUGAGGCAGGAUCUUACAGGUCAGGUACAGGUCAUGAGUCAAGAUUUGGCUAGAUUUACUGGAGAAUUGCAACAGGCUCCUGUGUUGAAGGCAGAGAUUGAAAAUGUGAAACAGGAACUGCAACGUGCAAGAGCUGCCAUCGAGUAUGAGAAGAAAGGAUAUGCAGAAAACUAUGAACAUGGUCAAGUUAUGGAGAAAAAACUGAUUUCCAUGGCUCGGGAGCUGGAAAAACUUCGUGCAGAGAUUGCGAAUGCAGGCAAGAGAAGUCAUGCUGCUGGAGUUAGUGGUGGUAAUCCGGCAGCACCUGGUUAUAAUGUAAAUUACGGAAACCCUGAAGCUGGAUAUACUGGAAACACUUAUCCUGUCACCUAUGGCAUUAAUCCUGGUGGUGUGGAUGGUUAUUCUCAGUAUGGACCUGGUGCUGGUACCUGGAGUGCAUAUGACAUGCAGAGAGCUCAAGGACAUCGCUAGUGUGAUUUUUAAAAGCAUGCUGAGAUGAUUCAUCUGGUACUUCUGGGCAACUUAUUAGUUCUCUAGGCAUGGGUUUGAAGUAUUAUAUCAUGAUAGGCAUUCUGGAAUUGUAGCCAAAAAAGUUGACAAUUUAUAUUAGCUUGAAAUUGCAGUAUGCUGUUUUCUGCUUGGUAUUAUCUGCUGCGAAUAUUUUGUCCGUUCAUUUAUGAUAAUAAGUAUUGCAAUUUGAUACUUUGCUCUUCGUAGAUAUUUUUAUGAAUUUUAAGUUCACUAUUCAAUUUGGGGAGAAAGAUCAGAUUUUGCCGUGCCUUUUUGAGGGUAGAUGUGUUGUUUCGAAGAAUAGGAAUCACUAAAAUUCCCGUGGUUGGGGCCUACCAAUGUGUUGUCGCUUCUUCCUCUUCCAUAUCUUUUGAAAUAUAGGUCUGUUCAAUUGUACUUUAUUUGGAGAAAAGCCCCUACUGUCAUGUCUCUGGCACAAUUUAGCAAGAUAUUGAUCAAAUUUAGCUAGCCUUUCUAGAUUGUCUUUGUUUUGUUUUCUCAAGGGUCUCUUUCAUUUAAGCUUACUCUUACAUCUAUGCUUACCUUCUUUGUGGUUCACUUGGGGGUUGCCUUUACCUUGGUUUUACCCUUUAGUUUGGCAGCCUUGCUAUGCUCUUGCAUUUUUGCUCCAUUAAGUUCUGAUAGAGUUACUUAAAAGGUUCCAUAAUGAGCUCUGCAAACAGGCAAAGGGUUUUUAGUUUCCAUAAAACUGUGUUAUGAAGAGUAAUCAUCAGUCCUUUUUUCUUUUAGGUGCUUAGUCUAUUUUACUGUAAACUUAAGGUGAUGCCUGCCCUGAUGCAGAAAAAACAGAUUUAAAGCUUACCAAAUGACUUUCCCUAUUCUACUUCUAGAUAAUAUUGAGUCUGUUUUUUCGUUUUCCUUUGUUCUGUGUCAUUGACUCAGUUCAUUUAGGUUCUCUAAAGUUUUUCUAACCCAAGGGGAGUUAAAUAAAUUCUUUGUUUGCCAAACAUGGUCUGGUGUUGCUCUUAGAAUUCCAAUUUGAGUAGGAUUAUGUUUCUGGUAUUCAUAUAAUUUUUCUAUGUAGUUUUUUUUAGGUAGAAGUACUUAACUUUUUCCCUCUAUUUCGGUGCUUAGUUUUGUCAAACCUUUCAGUUUAACUGAGUAUAAGAUAAUAGAAGAAUACACCAGCAACUUUUUCCUGCAAUUAUGUCCAUUUGUUCCAAAAACUAGCCUUAAGAACUUUUGCAAGACUGUGCCAUUGGACUUAUACCUAAAUUUUUUCUUCCCAAUAUGCAUCUGAUUUCUAAUUGAUUUGAUUUCAUCUAUAAUUUCAUGGGAUGCAUGGGGUGCGGGUCAAGAAAACUGAGUUACUUGGAGUCGGGACUGAUUGAUUGCUAAUGGUAUGUAUUUUACAUGGGUUUGUUCAAUGUUUCAAAAGUUUUUCCAUAUAUUUGGAGGAUCCUUAGAAGGUUGUAAUCCGAUAACCAUGUCUGGAUAUGCAUCAAACAUGAGUACUUGAAGAAAAAUGAAAAGCAACAUAGUGAACAAUGUCAACAUCAGAUAUGUUCUUCUAGUGUUGGCAGAUGAUAUGCCUUUCCUAAGGUUGGCAUAUGUAGAUUUAUAUGUGAGAUUACCUAUAAAAACAACUAAAGGGUGUGAUGUAGUCAGCUUUAAUUGGACAGAUUUAUCAGUGAGAACAGGUAGCCCACGCCUGGCGUUGGCCUGUUUUAGCAUUGAUUUUACAAAGUUUGCCACCUAGGAUACUAAUGCAACUCAUCAGGGUUUGUGACUGUUUUUUGGAGAUCACUGCCACCUUUAUCAGAGAUUUUUCAAGGAGAGUAGAAUCAUACUUUACCAUGGCGGCCAUCGUCUGGUAUAGACUGUACUCAAGUGUAUGAAGCUCAACUUAUGCUCAAGUGUAAAGAAAAAGUAAUUGCUCUUGUUAUGAUAAAUAACAUUGUCUUAGUUUUGUGUUUUCAUUUCUUCUGUAAGUCUAAGAAAUAUGAGAAACAUCCUAGUCAAUUGUACGGAAUACAUGGGACAGGACUGGAAAUAUAGAGUUGUAGGGUUGAGUAACACCAAUAGUGUAUGAUUUGGCGAUAAAGCAGGUAAUGAAGUAAUGCAGCUCGUAUUUUGACCUUAUAAUCUAUCUGGGAGUUUGAAAUCUAUAGACUAUAUGUCAGUUUUUAGAUGGUAGGCCAUUUUAUGAGUGAAAGGCUAUGUGCUUCAGGAUUUCUUAGAAUUUACUUAUCUCUAUAGCAGUGGCUACUGUGUUUUCCAUCCUAUGGUUUCUCAUGUUCCUUGAACUGAUUCUGUACAUAAUCUCAAUGCCUUUCCUCUUGAUUUAACAUCUCAUCUGGAUUAACUUCCUUGGUUGCCUACAUGAAGCAUUGUUACUACCAUUAGUGUUGCAGUUGCUUCCCUUCUCUAUCUUUAAAAGCAAAUUGCUGGUAUUUUAUUCUUUGUAUAGUCUAUCAUUAUUGGUUCUUUUCUCCUUAAUUUCUCACGUUUCCAUGGGUGAAAUGAAGUGCCUACUUGUCUAAUAAGUGUUCUCUCACUAACAAAUCUUCUUUUUCUAGUUAGUAUUCUUCCCAUUUUCCUUUAUGAUUUAUAUUGCCUGUUUGGGUCCUAGAGCAAUGAAUAUAAGAGAAGCAUUUGGCUAGCUUUUGAGUUGUUUCAGUGAGUACUAGUCUGUUUGUUUCUCAAAUCGCCAUUUGAAUUUUAAUCUGGUCAGCCCUGGCUGUUUAUCUGAUACGCUCUUAGCUGAUGCUUAGUUUUAAGUGUUGGACUCUGUGGUCUUGGGAAGAUUUAAGUUGUUUUAUGUCGGUGUGUGAUCUCUAGAUUUUAGUUUUAUCACUCAAUUCUCAUGCCCAGUGGAGGAAUUUCCUUUUGGUGUGCCUGUGAACUUCUGGUCUACUUCCCUCCUCUCUUUCACUCUCUCUCUCUUUUUCUCCCUUAAUACUACUGCUUCUACUAUUAGUCUACUACAAUCAGAUGAAUUUCCAUGGAUUACUCAUCUGAAGUGGGAGUCCAUUUUCAUGUAACCUAUUCUAAAUAAUUGUCUUAGUUGUUGUUGGAACUGUUAAGUUGCUGAAACGUUACAAGUUAAAAAGUGGAGCAAAAUAUUGAGAGGAUGUCAUGGAUUACACAUCUGAAGUGGGAGUCCAUUUUCAUGUUACCUAUUCUAAAUAAUUGUCUUAGUUAUUGUGGGAACUGUUAAGUUGCUGAAACGUUACAAGUUAAAAAGUGGAGCAAAAUAUUGAGAAUAGAGGAUGUCAUGGAUUACACAUCUGAAGUGGGAGUCCGUUUUCAUGUUACCUAUUCUAAAUAAUUGUCUUAGUCAUUGUGGGAACUGUUAAGUUGCUGAAACGUUACAAGUUAAAAAGUGGAUCAAAAUAUUGAGAAUAGAGGAUGUCAUGGUUUGAAAAUACCUCCUUAAUGGCUUUAUUGUGGGGAAGUGUGGUCAAGAGAAAAUCUUAAACUUCUUUAAGGGACCAUCCAUGUCUUGUUCAAUUUGGAAAGACAGUGACUAAGCGCUGGAAGAAGCUUAUUUAUUGCAUGAGUUAUGCGGCAUUGGCAAGACAUGGUCAACAAUGAUGGUGCAGGAUGAGUUCUCCAGUCAUGUUUAUGAAUUUGCACCUUGCAAAUUUUCUGUUUCAGCAGUUAUCCAGUGAUGUUGGAGUUCCCUGAGCUCAUGAUAUGCGAUGGUGAUGAGGAUGAUAACUUUGCCAUGGUGUGCAACAGCUUGUUUUAGCUGUAUGACAGACAAUCCAUUGAAGGAAGAGGGGUUUCUUAAGGUCUCAAGCUUUUAUUUACUCUAGCUAUUAUGAAUGGAGAUAGUUUGCGAUGUUUUCUAGACAUCAUGUGAAUCAAUAUCUUCUUAUUCCCAUUUUGUAUUGCAUACUAUGAUCCCCUUUCCCACAGCCGGGCCAGACUGCUAAACUCAAAACUGCAGGUUGUGCUUCUUCCUGAACUUUGUGGUGCAUUCUUAACCCAGUACUUCUUGGAACUGGUUAAGACUCUCUGUUAAUGCCACCACCUGAAGGUGUGCAACCUUUUUCAAGCGGUUCAAAGAAGUUAUUCUUGGUUCAUCCCUCAUGCAUUGGAAAUUUUCUCCAGCUAUAUACUAUCAAGAGCACUCAAGCUUGAUAUGGCGUCAUCAUAAACCAUGCUGGUAUAUAAACUGUUUGAAGCAGGUAGAUUUGAAAGAAAGGAAUCGUUCUUUGGUUCAUCCCUUGGUGCAGUGGAAUUUUUCUUGGGCUAUAUCCUAUCAAGGGUACUCGGGCUUGAUAUGGUGUCAUCACGAACCAUGCAGGUAUGAGAACUGUCUCAAACAGUUAAUUUCGAAGUUUUUCUUUAGUUCAUCGGUUAUAAUGAAACCUUACUACUGAACCAUGUUGGUAUUAGUUUGUAUUACGUGGCCUCCGGAUGGAUGAGUAUUGAAUAUGAGCAUAGCAUGUUUUACUGUUCAA